UCAGGUAAACCACCUUCAAACGGUACCGCGUUUUGAUUUCAUUUCAAAAACAUUUCGGUUUGCAUUUUCAGGAGAGAUUGUUUCUGGGACGAGUAUAUAGGUCGUUUCGUUGGGAGAGACGCGUCAAUGAAAGACUAAAUUAAGUGAAUUGCUGUUGAGACAACACAAUAAAACUGUGUGGGUAUUGUAACAUAUCACAUACUUCAAACUUCAGAUCAACAAACAAAGAUUGACGAAGGACUCUUUUUAACUCAGGACAAUCCUUGGAACCACAGAGACACAAGAAAUUCACCCAAAUGAAGAAGGUGCUUCCAGGAAACGUAAGUGAGUAUAAUAAACAGUCAGGACAGUUUCACCGUGAUCAGAACAUGGAUUAUAACUCAAAUUCAUUUCAAUGGCCACCAACUGACCCGAUAAACCAAAAUAAACAAAACAGUCCAAGUGAAGCCGUUUUCUCGUAUCCAGCUGGUAUCAGAGAGUUACCUCAGAUUGAUCAAGAGGAGAUGCUUAGCUGGUAUCGUACGGUUCCACUGAGCCAUGAUCCACAAGAUUAUGACGCUCGUGAAACGAUGCAAGAACUUCAGUUGAACAGAAAAGAACGGUUGCUGACCGAGAGACAGAAAAGAUUUCGCACGUCAUUCACGACCUGUCAACUGGGGAGACUUGAAGAGGAGUUUGAACAAGAUAAGUACGCCGUUGGUAUGAAAAGAAUGCGUCUUGCCAGAGAACUGGGCCUGACCGAGAAACAGAUCAAGGUCUGGUACCAAAAUCGUCGGAUGAAGUACAAGAGAGUUUGUCAGCGGAUUCACAACAAAAGAAUGGCUGCCGUGAAUAGCUACUGGUAGAGAGGACAAAUUAGCAUGCGCAUUC